AUGCCCGCUAUUUUGUUAUCCUUAGAAGACAUUGAGAGAUGUUUCGAGAUGUAUGAACGUAAUUUGUGGGGUAAAUUUAGGGCAACGAUUUGGGGGGUAAAUAUGUCAACUGGACAGGAAGGACAGCAAGGAUAA